CCCGGUGACGGAAGUGACGCAAGGCGGAGGCUGGAGGGCCGCGCCGGGCCCGGUCCGCAGUAGCUCUGGAUUGGAGCCGGCGUCCGUCGGUAGCAGCAUGGCUCUCCUCUUUCUUCUGCCCCUUGUCAUGCAGAGUGUGAGCAGGGCUGAGAUGGGCACCGCGGAUCUGGGGCCGUCCUCAGUGCCUAUACCAACUAAUGUUACAAUUGAGUCCUAUAACAUGAACACCAUCGUAUAUUGGGAGUACCAGAACAUGCCACAGGACCCUGUUUUUACCGUAGAGGUAAAGAACUAUGGUGUUAAGAAUGCAGAAUGGAUUGAUGCCUGCAUCAGUAUUUCUCAUCAUUAUUGUAAUAUUUCUGAUCACGUUGGUGAUCCAUCAAAUUCUCUUUGGGUCAGAGUUAAAGCCAGGGUUGGACAAAAAGAAUCUGCCUAUGCAAAGUCAAAAGAAUUUGCUGUGUGCCGAGAUGGAAAAAUUGGACCACCUAAACUGGAUAUCAGAAAGGAGGAGAAGCAAAUCAUGAUUGACGUAUUUCACCCUUCAGUUUUUUUAAACGGAGAAGAGCAGGAAGUCGAUUAUGAUCCAGAAACUACCUGUUACAUUAAGGUGUACAAUGUGUAUGUGAGAAUGAACGGAAGUGAGAUCCAGUAUAAAAUACUGACGCAGAAGGAAGAUGAUUGUGACGAGAUUCAGUGCCAGUUAGCGAUUCCAGUGUCCUCACUGAAUUCUCAGUACUGUGUUUCAGCAGAAGGAGUCUUACAUGUAUGGGGUGUUACAACUGAAAAGUCAAAAGAAGUUUGUAUUACCAUUUUCAAUAGCAGCAUAAAAGGUUCUCUUUGGAUUCCAGUUGUUGCUGCUUUACUACUCUUUCUAGUACUUAGCCUGGUAUUGAUCUGUUUUUAUAUUAAGAAGAUUAAUCCAUUGAAGGAAAAAAGCAUAAUAUUACCCAAGUCCUUGAUCUCUGUGGUAAGAAGUGCUACUUUAGAGACAAAACCUGAAUCCAAAUAUGUGUCACUCAUCACAUCAUACCAGCCAUGUUCCUUAGAAAAGGAGGUGGUCUGUGAAGAACCGUUGUCUCCAGCAACAGUUCCAGGCAUGCAUACCGAAAACAAUUCAGGAAAAGUAGAGCAUACAGAAGAACUUUCUAGUAUAACAGAAGUGGUGACUACUGAAGAAAACAUUCCUGACAUGGCCCCGGGCAGCCAUCUGACUCCAAUAGAGAGAGAGAGUUCUUCACCUUUAAGUAGUAACCAGUCUGAACCCUGCAGCGUCGCUUUAAACUCCUAUCACUCCAGAAAUUGUUCUGAUAGUGAUCACUCCAGAAAUGGUUUUGAUACUGAUUCCAGCUGUCUGGAAUCACAUAACUCAUCUGAUUCAGAAUUUCCCCCAAAUAAUAAAGGUGAAAUAAAAACAGAAGGACAAGAGCUCAUAACAGUAAUAAAAGCCCCCACCUCCUUUGGUUAUGAUAAACCGCAUGUGCUAGUGGAUCUACUUGUGGAUGAUGGCCGUAAAGAGUCCUUGAUUGGUUACAGACCAACAGAAGGUUCCAAAGAAUUUUCAUGAGAUCAGCUAAGAUGCACCAACUUUGAAGUCUCAUUUUCCUGGACAGUUUUCUGCUUCAAUUUCAUGAAAAGAUUAUGAUCUCAGAAAUUGUAUCUUCUGAUAUGAUUGGUAUCAACCAAAGGGAGUGACUUAGUUUAGAUAAAAGUGUAAAGAGGAUGUGUGGCAUUUUCAAUUUUGGCCUGAAAACUACAAAGACUGGUUUUUUUUUUAAACAAAAAAAAGUAAUUUAUGACCCUUUGCAUCCAGAUAGGUGAGUAGUGACAAGGAACAGUAUCCAGUACUCCUUAUUCCUAGGUGAGCAGGUGAUGCCCCAGGGACCUUUGUAGCCACUUCACUUUUUUUCUUUUCUCUGCCUUGAUAUAGCAUAUGUUUUUGUAAGUUUUAUGCAUACAGUAAUUUUAAGUGGUUAAUUUCAGAAGAAAUUCUGCAAGCUUUUCAAAAUUGGACUUAAAAUCUAAUUCAAACUAAUAGAAUUAAUGGAAUAUGUAAAUAGAAACAUGUAUAUAUUUUUUAUGAAACAUUACAGUUAGAGAUUUUUAAAUAAAGAAUUUUAAAACUC